CACUGACACGCACUUCACCCCCAGAGGUCAACCGUGUCGCACGCGCCCACCUGCGCUCCAUAAGGUCAUCUCGCUUCCAACUCACUUCCAAGCCCGCAACAUGAAAGUGUUUGUGCUGACAGUCCUCGUUGCGGUGGCCGCGGCUCGUCCGGACAAGCGGACGAGUGAAGAAGUCGUGCCGAUCCUCCGCGACGACCGCGUCGAGUUUGCGGACGGGGCCUACAGCUUCGAUGUCGAGACCGGAGAUGGCAUCCGCCGGUCCGAGGCCGGACAGAGUCAGGGCGAUGCCGGGGCCGUUAACAUGGCCGGAGAUUAUGCAUUCACGUUCCCCGAUGGUCAGGAAUUCUACCUGAAAUUCGUCGCUGACGAGUCAGGGUACAAACCGGAAUCCCCAUUCCUUCCCGUGGCCCCCGCGUUCCCCCACCCCAUCCCCCAGUUCGUCCUGGACCAAAUCGCGUUCGCUGCAAAGGAGGAUGCAAACAGGGAGCUUGACCAAGCAAGGGGAGACUAUCGUCGUGGUGCUCCAGGUCAAUACUCCACUACAAUGAAAUUCAUAAUUUUCGUAGCUCUCGUGGCAUCGGCCCUUGCCCGACCGGACUCCCCACCGAGCUACAGCGCCCCUGGCCAGCGAUCUAGCGACGAUGUUAAGGAUCCCGUCAAGAUCCUACGGGACGACCGCGUGCAGCCCGAGGACGGAUCCUACGCCUUCGAUAUCGAGACCGAAGACGGGAUCGUGAGGUCCGAGGCCGGACAGAACGAAAACGAGGCCGGCGUAGUGGUCCAGGCCGGUCAAGUGAGCUACACACUCCCGGACGGUACUCUGUUCGAGCUCAAGUUCGUCGCGGACGAGAACGGCUACCAACCGCAGUCCGACUUCCUGCCUGUGGCCCCCGCCAACCCGCACCCCAUCCCUGACUUUGUCAAGGAGCAGAUCGAGCGCGCCGAGCGAGAACGACAGGCCGACCUCAGCAACAGCCAACGUGCUACUUAUAACUAACUUAUUUAUAAUUAAUAAUGAAAUUAUUUAGUAUUGCUCCCUAAAUUACUAGUGCUUCGUAAAUUAUGUAUCGGAGUAAAUUGUAUUACGAAGUAUAGGAACUGAUCGAGCUCGCCGAGCGAGAGCGUCAAGCCGACCUAAGCAACAGCCAACGGGCUACUUAUAACUAAAUUAUUUAUUAUUAAUUAUGGAAUUAUUUAUUAUUGCUCCCUAAAUUAUGUAUUGAAGUAAAUUAUGAAGCGAAAAUAAAGAGCAGAUUGGGUGCGCCGAGCGAGAGCCAACGGGCAACAACGGGCUACUUAUAACUAAAUUAUUUAUUAUUAAUAAUUGAAUUAUAUAGCUGUGCUCCUUAAAUUAUGUAUUGCUGGAAGUUAUAUUACGAAGUUUAGGAGCAAAUCGUGUGUGCCGAGCGAGAGCGUCAGGCCGACUUCAGCAAAAGUCAACGUCCUAAAUAUAACUGCAUAUUUUAUUAGUAAUAACGAAGUUGAUCAAUUAUGAUUCAAUGUUAUUAAUAAAUUAACUUAUUGGCUUUUUGAUUAGUGUCUCAGCUACUCUUUUAUCGCGCAAAUAUUUAUUGCGGUUGAUAGUUCUUUUUUAUAAUAAUUGAAUUCUGAAGUUACAAUUUUUUUAGUAAAUUGCGAACGUUAGAAGAUUCGUAUAUAAGAGUAAUUUUUCAAUUCCCUGACACUUGUUCCAUUCCGUUUCUUUUUUAACAAAUUUCCGCGUAAUAUUUAAGACUUGUCAAAAAUUCGGAAGGCAAGUAUUUUUUUAAUUAUUCUGAAUUUUUAGUGAAUUUCAGUAACUGCAUUUGAAGAUAGUAAUGUUUGUAUAACUAUUAUCGGUUCCAAUGACUUACUGAAUCGAAUGGCCGGAAAUGUAUUUAUUUAUAUGUCAAUGAAAAUAAUUUAUUUAUUUAAAGCAUGGAGAUAUUUUCAUAUGAAUUAAUACACAUGUUCAAACAGUU